UAUGUACUUCCUAGCGCUGCAUGGCAUUAUGGGAUAGGUGUUUACUCUGUGAACGCAGCGAGUUGUCUGAUAAAGACAAAAAUGGCCGCUUGACGUCAUAAAAAACGUCACAUAAAUGUCAGAGGAUGAUGAGCUGUUUAAACUAGUAUUAGUGCCCUUUAAAAGAUGUCAAUGAUCCACCUUCUCACUCAAAUAAAGUGUUUUGAUUGGUGUACAGUUCGAUGUGUUGACAGCAACAUCUUUGACCCCACAUACCAGGUGUCCCCUCAGACGGUGAUAACAGCACCUCAACAACUUUUCCCCUAAAACUCACACAUGUAGUGGAGAAUAACACCCUGCUUAAUGCCAGGUGGCUGUCGACUGAAGACAUUUUUCACAUAAAUCAAACUGCCAUUGGUCUUAUCAAUAACAAGUCAAUUAGCAGGCGGAGAGAGGCGCGGAUCUCUAGGGGUCACCGCUUGUUUGUUAGAUGGACAUCUGCAGCUCUGUUUGCUUCACCAUGGCAACAGACCUACAAUUUCUCUCUGUUUUUCUGUCUCAGUUUCUUUCGUUCUUUAGGUUUGUGAAGACGGAAGGCUCUGACAGACCUAACUACUGCUUUAAAGUGCACAUUUCACCCAAAAAUGCUGUCAUUUACUCACCCUCAUGUUGUUCCAACCCCAUUUGACUUUUCCUUCAUUGAAACACAAAAGAUUGCAUGUACUUUUUGUUUGUGAUUUGUUUAAUAGCGUAAAUCACAAUCCAAUUUCAUUGUAUAGAAAAGAGCAGCUUGGACAUUUAGCAAAAUACUUCUUUUGUAGGCUAUUCUUAAAAAGAAAGAAAGUCAUACAGGUUUGAAAACGACGUAAAUAAAUGAUAACCGAUUAUAUCAAUAAACAUGCACACAUCACAUCAUGAUCAAUCAAAUGCAAUAUGUCACCUUUGUUUUUCAAUCCCUCAAGGAAUCUUUGUAAAGAAUGAAGGAGCGCUUGUAAAAACUGGUAUUUUCAAUGACCUUUCUAAUUUUGCUCAGUUUAUAGACUUGGCUAUUAUUAUCUGGCUGAAAGCAACUGUCUUUUGCAUAAAAAUUACUUUAUUACUCACAAUAAUGAGGCUUUAUUUAUUUCCUCUGUCUCAUUCUCUCUGUCUGUUCCUCAUUUUAAUGGAUUCAAAUAAUUAUUUAUUUUUCAUAUGUGUGCGGUAUUAUAUGGGUCGUUCUACAGUAUAAUUGUUGUUCAUAUUCAUUUAUAUAUAGUGUACAAAUGGAAGCCAUGUUGUAGAAUGACCUACACUGUAUAAUAUUUAUGAUGUUUUCUCUUUGUUUGGUUUGCAGAAGUUGUGGCUCUCAGAUGAGACAGGCCACAUAGUGCUUUCCGGCACUUGGUGACUAUUUAAUGACUAGUCUGUCAGAAGUCCAGACAGAAUAGCACCGCAGAAAUGCACAGGACCCAUUACAGCACAGUGACUAUUCUGAAAAUACACCCUUGAUUUAUUUAUCAUAAAUAAAUCCCUUUAAUUCAUAUUUGCUGAUGACGCCAACACUGUUCAUAGUGGGACUGCGACAGGGCCCACUUGUAGAGUUAAUGCUCAUUAUAGUGACAUCCUACAAUGGAUAAUUUGUUCAAAAAGUCUCAGAAAAAUGACUGUGUCUCAGCAGGAUUCUGAAAUUGUGAAAUGCAGUUGGACUAUACCCUAUAUUUGCUAUGCUUUUCCAACUUUUGAAUACACCAUAAAGGAUAUUUUAGUCAGUCAACCUUGAGUAGAUGGUCGUCAGCUCUCUUUUAAAUGUAUUCCUCUGAUCUGAUGUGUUUUAAUGGUGUCUGUUUUUCUAUAUAGAGGGGGAUCAAAUAGCAGAGCUGCAGCAUGUUGGCAUGGACCACCUGCUGAAGAUAGGUUUCAGAGAGUGCCGGGGGAAAACAGCAGGGGGAUGUGUUAGUUUGUAUCCAUGAGCCUUGUACUGAUACUUGUUUAUGAUGCAGAAUGUGCAUGUGUGUCUUAAAAAUACAUGAUUUAUGUUGUGUUUUGGAGUGUAUGGUUGAGCAGAUGUCAUCUCAUAUUGGUGUAUAUGCAUGUAAGGGUUUACUUUGAAAUAGUUUGUGGACGAAAUGUCCUAGAAGAUUGCUAAAUAUUACACAAUUUGUCCUUUAGGCACAUCUUGAUUUGAAAAAAAAAAAAUAGUUUUUUAGUAUUAAAGUUAUUAUAAUGCAUAAUGUAAUAACAAACAAGCAUAAUGUAAAAACAAACAAGAAAUCUAUGGCAUGCCCUCAUUAGGUAGCUUGGUAAAUGUGUGUGUCUGUUUGUGAAUGUGGUUAGCAUCACCCCCACCCCCUUCCCAAGACCUCCAAUGUUUCUCAGGUGCUAAAAUGUGGCGGUUAAGGACCCCACAGUGAGGUAUAAAUAGGACUCUCUUCCUAUGGAGAGACACAGUCUUUUAAAGGAGCACCAAGUGACUGAGAUCCAGCCAGCCACUCUUAGAUAGAAAGCCUGGAAGACACCCACUAGGCCUCCCCUGUGCCCCCACGCGGAAAGGCCCCAGGGGAGAAUUCGCCAGCUGAGCCUCAAAAACAAGCAGCUGAGACUAAGCUGACGCCAUGGAGAAAGGGAGGUGGAGUUCUGAAGAUGCUCCCAGAGCCUCCAUGCCUGACGAACUGUCUCAUCCUAAGUUUUCGGAAUGGAAGUUUAAGCUCUUUCGGGUCAGAUCCAUGGAGAAGGCCCCUCUGUCUAAUGAAACACCGGUGGAGAAGGAAAACCAGCCUGAGGUGGAGACAGAGAUGGCAGGCUCUCCAGGCAGUGUUAUGAAGCUCUGUUUUGGAGGGAAGAGUAAGGAAAACGUGGAGAAUACUCGAGGGAGAGUGGACCUUAAGCUGCAGGAGAUUGAUACACAUAUGAAUCUUCUCAAAAGCCUGUGUCGCCUUUGUGGCCUCUCAAUACGGAAGGCUAAAGGUCCGUCGCAUGAAGUCCAAGGAGACUUGGAAGAGUCAAGUCGGUGCGCCUUGCGCAAGAUGGGCUGCAAGUUUGUGACAUGGCCAGAAGUGAUCUUGAAGGUCUUCAAGGUGGACGUGACAACCGACAUGGAGACAGUACAUCCGUCUUUGUUUUGUCACAGAUGCUGGACUGCUGCCAUGAGGGGAGGGGGUUUCUGUUCUUUCACUAGGACCCAUAUCCCAGACUGGAAGCCCCACACUUCCCACUGCAACCUCUGCUUCCCUAAGAAGAGCUCUUUUCAGCGAGUGGGAAGGAAGCGGACCAAACCACUUAAAGGUGCACACAGCCUUCCAAAGAGAAUCAAGAGGGAUUCCCCAGAAACUUCAGGUGCCAAUAGAUUGUGGAGACAGACCACAGAGAAUCCUGCAGGAUCAGGUGGGAAAGAAUGGUUAAAACUAUCAGUUCAGAGAGGACAAUGGGUAAAGAAUAUCACACAGUGCCAGAAGGACCAUCUGAGCGCUAAGCUCAUCCCUCCCGAAGUCCCAGCAGACUUGCUACGUGCCGUUAUUUGCCAAGUAUGUGAUCACCUUCUUUCCGACCCUGUCCAGUCACCGUGUCGGCACCUGUUCUGUCGGGUCUGCAUAGUAAGGUACAGUCGAGCUUUGGGGCCGAACUGUCCCACCUGUAACCAACACCUGAACCCAUCCCACCUGACCAGGCCAGCCAAGUUCUUCCUUGCCACCCUCAGCUCUCUCCCUCUGCUCUGCCCCAGCGAAGGAUGCAGUGACUGGGUCCGAUUGGACUCCUUUAGGGAACACUGCCUCAACCACUACCAUGAAAAAGAGUCCCAGGAAGAACAAACACCUUCAGAUCAGAAUCUCAAUGGGUACUUGCCAAUCAACAAAGGUGGGCGCCCUCGACAGCACCUGUUGUCGUUGACCCGUCGGGCUCAAAAGCACAGGCUGAGAGACUUAAAGAACCAGGUGAAGAUGUUUGCCGAAAAGGAAGAAGGAGGGGAUGUGAAGUCUGUCUGUUUGACGCUCUUCCUUCUGGCACUGAGAGCCGGGAAUGAACACAAACAAGCAGAUGAACUGGAAGCUAUGAUGCAAGGUAGGGGAUUUGGUCUGCAUCCUGCAGUGUGUUUGGCUAUAAGGGUCAACACCUUCCUUAGCUGCAGUCAGUACCACAAGAUGUACCGCACUGUGAAGGCCACUAGUGGCCGCCAGAUAUUCCAGCCCCUGCACUCUCUACGUAAUGCUGAGAAAGAGCUUCUCCCUGGAUUCCAUCAAUUUGAAUGGCAACCAGCUUUAAAAAACGUUUCCAGCUCAUGGGAUGUGGGCAUCAUUGAUGGCCUCUCUGGUUGGACAACCUUUGUUGAUGAUGUCCCUGCGGACACCAUCGCCAGGCGAUUCCGAUAUGAUGUGGCACUGGUUUCUGCAUUAAAAGACCUGGAGGAGGACAUAAUGGAAGGACUAAGAGAGAGGGGGCUUGAUGACAGCAUGUGCACCUCUGGCUUUACUGUGGUGGUGAAAGAAUCAUGUGAUGGUAUGGGAGAUGUCAGUGAGAAGCAUGGAACUGGUCCAGCAGUUCCUGAGAAGGCAGUGAGGUUUUCCUUCACAAUCAUGUCCAUCUCCAUCCGAGUUGAGGGUGAGGACGAUGGCAUCACUAUCUUCCAGGAACAAAAGCCAAACUCUGAGCUCUCUUGUAGACCUUUGUGCCUCAUGUUUGUGGAUGAGUCCGACCACGAGACCCUGACAGCCAUCUUGGGGCCUGUGGUAGCAGAGCGGAAAGCCAUGAUGGAAAGUCGGCUUAUCGUAUCUGUUGGUGGUCUGCUACGCUCAUUUAGGUUCUUCUUCCGGGGCACAGGCUAUGAUGAGAAGAUGGUACGUGAAAUGGAAGGGCUAGAAGCAUCAGGCUCCACUUAUAUAUGCACACUCUGCGACUCAACCCGAGCUGAAGCCUCUCAAAACAUGGUGCUACAUUCCAUCACACGUAGCCAUGAUGAAAAUCUUGAGCGCUAUGAGAUCUGGAGGACAAAUCCUUUCUCUGAGUCCGCUGAUGAACUCCGUGACCGGGUCAAAGGUGUUUCCGCCAAGCCUUUCAUGGAGACCCAGCCUACUCUGGAUGCCCUGCACUGUGACAUAGGCAAUGCGACCGAAUUCUACAAGAUCUUUCAGGAUGAGAUCGGCGAAGUCUACCAGAGGAGCAAUCCGAGUCGAGAGGAGCGCCGUCGUUGGCGGUCAACCCUGGACAAACAGCUAAGAAAGAAGAUGAAACUCAAGCCUGUGAUGAGGAUGAAUGGAAACUAUGCCCGUCGGCUGAUGACACGUGAGGCUGUGGAGGCGGUCUGUGAGCUGGUCCCUUCUGAGGAACGACGUGAGGCACUAUGGAGACUGAUGGAACUCUACCUCCAGAUGAAGCCGGUGUGGCGUUCCACCUGUCCAUCCCGAGACUGCCCUGACCAACUCUGUCAAUAUAGCUACAACUCUCAGCAAUUUGCUGACCUCCUUUCCACCACGUUUAAGUACCGCUAUGAUGGAAAAAUUACCAACUACCUCCACAAGACUCUGGCCCAUGUUCCUGAGAUUGUUGAGAGAGACGGGUCUAUCGGAGCAUGGGCCAGUGAAGGCAAUGAGUCUGGGAACAAGCUGUUCAGACGUUUUCGGAAGAUGAAUGCAAGGCAGUCCAAAACGUAUGAACUUGAAGAUGUUCUGAAACACCACUGGCUGUACACCUCCAAGUAUCUUCAGAAGUUUAUGGAGGCUCACAAGAAUUCAGCAAAAGCAAUGCAAGCCACAUUCAACCCAGAAGAGACCCCAGAUGAAGUUGAUGUGGCUCUUGAAGUUCCAGAUUUUUGAAUUUCUCUCUGAUUGACUUUCUUUAAUGGACCGUUUUUCUUGCUAAUGAAAAUAUUGUUCAGUAAUUGAUUUUAUUUCUUGAGAUGAGAUGUAAUAUCACGUUUAAUGGCUUUAUUAUUCACUUCAUUAUUUUUUGAAGCUAGUGCAUAAACGUGAGCUAAAUUGUUUUAUGGCAGAGAUAAAAUUGUAUGGGCAGAGUUUUUUUCUCCCAGAUUUUAUGGGCAAAUUGUCUGUGUUUUAUCUCUUGCUGCUUGUGAAAUAUGAGGAAUUUUAUUGUAUUGCCAGGUUGUGACAACUUCACGAAUUCGUACAAAAUGGUUGUUUAUGAAAAUGUAUGAGGGAGUUGUAAGUCACUGAAAUUGUGUUAAAGGAACCCCACAUUUAUGAUGGCUGUACUAAUAUAUCACACAGGACAAAAAUGAAAUUAGAAAACGCAAAUUGUCUCCUUUGCAGGAGGUCUAGAGAGAAAUGGGUUAUUUUAGCAAUGCAGUAUUUUGGUGGUGCUCAACUGGUCCACAAAUAACUCUGAACACACAUAGACACUAUGCUACAGCAUUUGCACAUUUAUUUAGACCCUACCCUAUAAUCUACCUCAGUCUUCAAUCCUACAGGUUCCUCAGGACAUUUGUACCAUGCCAUUCACACAAACACAUUUUCAAAUAUUCUUGAAGAAAUGGCAGUGUACAAUAAAACCUAUUGACUAUUGUCAGAAUUUCUUUGUUUUGCAGUUCACCUCAAACUUGUACCUCAGAUUAUUAAUCAUGUUUCUCUUAUUUUGUUUAUUAGUAUUAGGUUUAAUUCAUUGCGUUUAUUGUGUUCUCUUAAACCGAGAGGAUUUCAACGAUCCACUUUUUACUUUAUAAAUGCAUUUUAUUUCUUUUUUGACUUGACUUGAAUUGAUUAAUUUCUUUGUGAAGUGACUUUACUGAUUUCUUUGUGUCAUAAUUUGAUUGAUUUCUUUGUAUCAUAAUUUGAUUGAUUUCUUUGUGUCAAGAUUUGAAUUAUUUCUUUGAAUUCUUUGAUAUUAUACAUUAUAAGACAUUUCCAAAUGCUUGAAUUUUUCUUCUUUAUUAUUAUUAUUAUUAUUUUUUAAUAAACCAAAGGUACCUUGCAUAAUUAUAUUCAAAACCAUAUGCUUUAAAUAGUUCUGUUUAAAUUGCUUUAUAUGUUCUUUAUUUUUAUUUGAAAUAAAACACUGCAUUGCACUGUUCAUAAUUGAAAAAAAUUGUAGAGUUGCACAAAGGCACUGGUGAUGUUCUUGUAAUGACCUAUCAUUAACAUUACAGUGAUUGUUGUAAUUCAUGAACUUAUGGACUUUUUCUUAAUUACUGAAUAUAAUUGUUUUGUAAUAAAUGACACUUUACUCCAAUUACAUCUGGUAAAUAAAAAAAGAAAUAAAC